AUGAGUGCCCAGGGGGGCUCCCUAGGGGCUCCAACAUUGGGUGAUCGUCGAUCUCCUUACAUUGGCGGCUAUCCCGACAUUCAACAGCAGCAGCAUCAGCAGCAACAACAUCAGCAACAGCAGCAACAUCACUACCAGCAGUUGCAGAAUCCCCAUCACGCAGACUACCAUCGAGGGACACUGCAUCCGGAAGCUGCCUCCGGAUACCUCGACGUGAAGCAGCAACAGCAGACCCAGAAGGGAUACGCAAAACAGGAACGCCAACUGCAGGCCGCCACAACCCAGCAACAGCAACAGCGAUCGGCAGCUGGAACGACUGGAAGAGCAGCUGCCGGUGCGCAUCAACAGCAAGGUUUCAACAGUCAAAGUAUGGUGGCAGCGGCCGGCGGACAGCAGGGCAACAUGGACGUCGGUUACAAUCCACAGAUGAACAACAUGGCGAUGCAUUCGCAGUCGUCGUGGAAUCAGAUGAACGGCAUGAACCAAAUGGGCGGUAUGGGUGGCCAGAUGAAUGGCAUGAACCAGAUGGGUGGUGGAAAUGGUGGUGCCGGUGGUAUGGGACCAAUGAGUCAAAUGGGGUCCGGUGCGGGCGUUGGGAUGGGUGGCGGCGCAACCGGUGGCAUGCCGGGCAUGAAUCAGAUGGGUGGCGGUGGUGGUGGGGGCGGUGGUGUUGCCGGUACGGGCGGUGGUAAUGGUGGUGCGGGUGGUGGUGGAUACGGACGGCACCAUCAGCAGAUGAACCCGAUGGCACAGAUGAUGAACAUGGGCAUGGGUAUGGGCGGUGCCGGUGGUGGCCAGAUGGGACCGGGUGGUGCCGGCGGCAUGAACGGUAUGGCGGCGGCCCAGAUGGGCGGCAUGAAUCCGCUCAGCCAGAUGAACCAGAUGUCACCGAUGUCCAAGAUGCAGGGUAUGGCGAACGGAUACCCGCAGCACCCACGGCGGAUGGCCCCCUACCCGAACCCCCAAAUGCAGAUGGCGCAGAAGCGGUCAAUGUACGGCAUGGGCCAGGGACAGGGAAUGCCGGGUGCGGGUGGACCGUUCCCACCGCACCAGGCGGCGGCAGCAGCAGCCGCAGCAGCUGCCGCUGGUGUUCCCCUACCGAUGCAAGCGAACGCCGGCUAUGGCAGGCAUCAUGGGCCGAUGGGUCCGAUGAGCUACCGCGGCGGUCCUCCGAUGAUGCAGCAGCGCCAGAAUACGCCACCCUACGGUGGACCGGGGGUGGGUGUGGGUGGACCGGUUGGGGCGCCCGGUGGACCCGGGCCACUGAUGGGCCAUCAGCAGCAGCAGCAGCAGCAACAUCACCCACAGCACCAGCAGCACCAGCAGCAGCAGGCGCAGCAGCAGCAGCAGCAGCAGUAUUACAACACGGGCUACCAGAACAUGCAGGGCUACCAGCCGGACAUUCGCAUGAACUUCCAGCACAGUCCGGUACCGGGCAAUCCUACACCACCACUGACGCCCGCCUCUUCCAUGACGCCCUACAUCAGCCCCAACCCGGACGUGAAGCCAAACAACCUGCCGCAGAAAGAUGAAGAACUGCGGUUGACAUUCCCGGUGCGAGACGGCAUCCUGCUGCCACCGUUCCGGCUGGAGCAUAACCUCGCGGUCAGCAACCAUGUGUUCCAGCUGAAGUCGACCGUGUACAACACGCUCAUGUGCCGGCCGGAUCUCGAGCUGCAGCUGAAGUGUUUCCACCACGAGGACCGACAGAUGAACACGAACUGGCCGGCGAGCGUGCAGGUGUCUGCAAACUCGACACCGCUCGAGAUCGAUCGGGGCGACAACAAAAACACCCAUCGGCCGCUCUACCUGAAGCAGGUCUGUCAACCCGGCCGCAACACGAUCCAAAUCACCGUCAGCACCUGUUGCUGCUCCCAUCUGUUCGUACUGCAGCUGGUACAUCGACCGUCGGUAAACCAUGUGCUGCACACGCUGUUGAAGCGUAACCUACUGUCCGCCGAACAGGCGGUGGCCAAAAUCAAGCGCAACUUUGCCGUGAGUCACACAACGAACCCGAAUCAACCGCUCGGCGGUGGCCCAGACAAAGAUCCGCUCGCGGCAGAGGCGUCUGCAACGUCCGCAAAGGUAUCAUUAAAGUGUACAGUAACCUCCAAGCGGAUAACGUUGCCAGCGCGGGGUCACGACUGUAAGCACAUCCAGUGUUUCGACCUGGAAGCGUAUCUCGCGCUGAACUGCGAGCGUGGCAACUGGCGGUGUCCAGUGUGCAAUAAACCGGCACUAACGGAAGGGCUCGAGAUUGAUCAGUACAUGUGGGCGAUACUGAACACGCUCAACUCCUCCAACACCCCGAACGGCAUGGAUACGGAGGAGGUGAUCAUCGAUGCGCAGGCAAACUGGCGAGCAAUCAAACCACCGGGCAGUCUCAACAAUCCUAACAUCGGAGGUAGUCUUAACCCGCAACAAUCAUCACAGCAGCAGCAACAGCAGCAGCAACAUCCACAGCAUCAACAACCACCGAUGCAGCAUCAACAGCAACCCCCGGUACCAUCAGAACCCAGUGGUGGCAAUGGGCGGGGCGCUGGUACACCCGGGCUCCCGGUUAUCAAACCGGACCCGGAUGGUGGUGAUGCGAAACACUUCAACAAGGUGAUGUCGCCCGGUUCCACCUCGCUCCCAACCUGGGACAACAUGAACGCAAUGAGCCCCUACAUGAGCCCGGACAUGAGCUCGAUCGCUAGUGGUAGCAUGAUGGGAUCGAAUUACAAUCGAACACCGCAGUACGAUUCGUACGGAAAUCCCAUCAUCAAGCAGGAACCGGGAACGAACCCCGUUGCGGCCGGCGGUCCAGGCAGUGUGGGUAAUAAUGGUCCGGGAACACCCGGUGGGGGUGAGUUCCACGGUGGUAACCCGUUGGCCCAUCUGAGCGAUUCGGUUAACUCGCUCGAUCCGCUAAACGCGAUGGAGAAAUCUUUAAACGAUCAGAUGCCCCACACACCGCACACACCCCACACACCGGGCGGUGGUAACUCAUCCGGACAUCCGAUGACGCCGGGUGGACCGCCGAGCGUACCACCAGCGAACGACAUCAACUCCUCCAACCCGCAACAACAGUCCACCGGCAGCAAUGGCGGCAACGCGACCGGUACCGGCCAACCGAACACCAACAGCGUGAACGGUGGCGGUAGCAAUACGGGCGGCAACAUGAACCACAGUCCCGGCCAUGCCGGCCACAACAGCAUGCAGCUUCAUUCACCUCAACAGCAGCAGCACGCAAAUCUGGGCCUCGGGCCGAACAACCCGGCGGCGAACAUCAUGAACUCGCCGCAGAGCCUCAUGAACUCGCCCCAGAACAUGAUGAACUCGCCCCAGAGCAUGAUGCAGCAGCAGCAGCAGCAGAAUCUGCUCUCGCUGGGCACCAUGAUGGGACAGCAGCAACAGCAAAGCCACCAGAACGCGCUGGCCGGUCUCACCGAUGUCGAUCUGCCGGCAGAUCUCAACUUCGAUCCGGCCGCCGUUAUUGAGGGUGAGGGUGGCAAUGAUCUUAACCUACUACCGGACAACGGUAUCGGCGAUCCGAUGGAAUUGCUCGCCUAUCUGGACCCGCCGGACCUGAACACGCCACCGUCGAGCGGUUCCAGCAACAAUGCCAACAGCGACGACAUUCUGGCAGCACUGUUCGAUUAA